UAUAAAGGAAGGGUAGGCUACAAGUUAUACUUCAGUCACAGUUAACAACUUAAGAAACAGGAAGAUAAAGUUGAGAAAUGGUCGCAUACGGAAAAGCAGCUCUAUUGUACAACAUCAUCUGUUUUUGCCUCAUUUUAGGUACUGAAUGCUUUGGUGAUGAAUACAGUAGUACUACAAUACAUCUUUCAGUUAAGAGAGGAGGAUCAGUCACUAUCCCAUGUUAUUAUGACAGGAAAUACACACAACUGAAGAAAUAUUGGUACUCACAAACUGAUCAUUCUUACACAAACACUACAGCUGGAGAUGUGACAGUAAUCGAUGAUCCUGCUCAGAGUCUUUUUAUUCUGACUAUGAGAAACUUGACGGUUCAACACAAUAGGCUUUAUUAUUGUGCUGUGAAGACUGGUGAACAACCAGGAGACAUGACCAUCACAGAUGUUUUUUUUCUCCAUGUUCAAGCUGCUCCUGAUCUCUCUGUGAUGUCCAGCAGUGUAACUGUAGAUGAAGGUGGUAAUAUCAGUCUACAGUGUCUCUACAACACUAAAUAUAAGGAUAAAACCAAACAGUGGUGCAGAUAUAAAGACAAGAGAUGUUACACAGUGGGAAGAUCUGACACAUCCCAGUAUUCAGUUGAGAUCAGUGAUGAUGGGAGUAAAUCUUUGACUCUGGUGAUGUCUGGACUGAUGAAGAGUGAUUCUGGCUGGUAUUACUGUUCUGUAAAUGUUAAACAGCCUCCUGUUCAAGAUCUACUGGUUCUUGUUCAACUCACAGUCACUGCUGCAACCCCAGACACCAGCAGUGAAAGCAUCAAGUUAGUAUUCAGUCUUUUCUGGUUACAUGAGGAUUAA